GGCGGCGGGAGCCGGAGGAGGGGCAUGGAGCCGCCGCGGGCCUGCUGAGCACCGGAGCGCGGGCAGCCGGCGGCACGAUGCCGGUACAGCUGACUACAGCCCUGCGUGUGGUGGGCACCAGUCUGUUUGCCCUGGUGGUGCUUGGGGGCAUCCUGGCAGCCUAUGUGACAGGCUACCAGUUUAUCCACACAGAAAAGCACUACCUGUCCUUCGGCCUCUACGGUGCCAUCCUGGGUCUACAUUUGCUCAUCCAGAGCCUGUUUGCCUUCCUGGAGCACCGACGCAUGCGCAGGGCAGGGCGCCCACUGAAGCGACGUUCGGUGGCACUCUGCAUUGCUGCCUACCAAGAGGACCCUGAGUACUUGCGCAAGUGCCUGCGUUCAGCUCAGCGCAUCGCCUUUCCAAACCUCAAGGUGGUCAUGGUAGUGGAUGGCAAUCGCCAGGAAGAUGCCUAUAUGCUGGACAUCUUCCAUGAGGUGCUGGGCGGCACUGAGCAAGCUGGCUUCUUUGUGUGGCGUAGCAAUUUCCAUGAAGCAGGUGAAGGAGAGACAGAGGCCAGCCUGCAGGAAGGCAUGGAGCGCGUGCGAGCCGUGGUGUGGGCCAGCACCUUCUCAUGUAUCAUGCAGAAAUGGGGAGGCAAGCGUGAGGUCAUGUACACAGCCUUCAAGGCCCUUGGCAACUCAGUGGACUACAUCCAGGUGUGUGACUCCGACACUGUGCUGGAUCCAGCCUGCACCAUUGAGAUGCUUCGAGUCUUGGAAGAAGAUCCUCAAGUAGGGGGCGUUGGAGGAGAUGUCCAAAUCCUCAACAAAUACGAUUCGUGGAUCUCCUUCCUGAGCAGUGUGAGGUACUGGAUGGCCUUCAACGUGGAGCGGGCCUGCCAGUCCUACUUUGGCUGUGUACAGUGUAUCAGUGGGCCUUUGGGCAUGUACCGAAAUAGCCUCCUUCAGCAGUUCCUGGAGGAUUGGUACCAUCAGAAGUUCCUAGGCAGCAAGUGCAGUUUUGGGGAUGAUCGGCACCUGACCAAUCGAGUCCUGAGUCUUGGCUACCGGACUAAGUACACAGCACGCUCUAAGUGCCUCACCGAGACCCCCACUAAGUACCUCCGAUGGCUCAACCAGCAGACCCGAUGGAGCAAGUCAUACUUCCGGGAAUGGCUCUAUAACUCUCUGUGGUUCCAUAAGCACCACCUCUGGAUGACCUAUGAAUCGGUGGUCACAGGCUUCUUCCCAUUCUUCCUCAUUGCCACAGUCAUACAACUGUUCUACCGUGGUCGCAUCUGGAACAUUCUCCUCUUCCUGCUGACGGUGCAGCUGGUGGGCAUUAUCAAGGCUACCUAUGCCUGCUUCCUUCGAGGCAAUGCAGAGAUGAUCUUCAUGUCUCUCUACUCCCUUCUCUAUAUGUCCAGCCUCCUGCCAGCCAAGAUCUUUGCCAUUGCUACCAUCAACAAAUCUGGCUGGGGCACCUCUGGCCGAAAAACCAUCGUAGUGAACUUCAUUGGCCUAAUCCCUGUAUCCAUCUGGGUAGCAGUUCUUCUAGGGGGCCUAGCCUACACAGCUUACUGUCAGGACUUGUUCAGUGAGACUGAACUAGCCUUCCUAGUCUCUGGGGCCAUCCUGUAUGGCUGCUACUGGGUGGCCCUCCUCAUGCUCUAUCUGGCCAUUAUUGCCCGGAGGUGUGGGAAAAAGCCAGAGCAGUACAGCCUAGCUUUUGCCGAGGUGUGAUAUAACCCUGAGUAA